GGGUCUGAAAAAUUUUGUUUGUGCCGAGUGACUCACUUCUGCGAAAUAUGGGACCCAGCCUAGCCCCGUGUACGCUGAAUGAGUUGGAUUUUUUUUUGUCCCCACCCUCGCAUACAUAUUACUCCGAGUCGGCGGGGUUUAUGGCCCUGCACGAGGCCAUACCGCCGCGACUUGACGGUGCAGUCGUGGUGAAAUUGCCCACGCGUGAGCGGAUUUAAUAAUAGCAGGCAGAGAGCUGCAAGUUUCGUGUUUCCUCUUCUUCCUAAUGACUCAGCCUUAGCUCUUUUUUCUUUCUUUCCCGGGGCACCGCGCGUCUAUCGUUGCACAUUCCUGUCGCCUACGUCAUCACUAUGUCUGUAAUGCCAUGCGUGGCAUGUGAUACCGCCACACAGGGAGGGCAUUGCGCAUGUGCAGUGUUUCCGUGUGGCUUGUUUGCCGCGCUGCCAUCUGGCCGGGCCGCGAGUAGAUCUUCAUUGUGUACCGUUAUAUACAUGUACACCUUGCUUCAUGUAUGUACUCAGUUCAUGCAGUUAGGGCAUACAGAUAGUACCCGCACUGCCCGCCUUGGAAAAGGUGCCUGUUGAACUAAGAAACAUGUGAACACAUUUUAUGUUCCCAUGUAUAAUAAUAUUUCAGCCGUUUACACCAGAUUCAUCUGACAGACGUUGUCGACACAGUGACACAUUUAUAGAAUCAAACUCUGUUGUGUUGUGGCUUGUAUGGACAUUGUGAUUUCCCAUAGACAUGUCAUCAUCGUCGUCACACGCACAGCAAUCAGUACAGCUCAGAAUGCACCGUCAACACUGCUAUCUGUGUGACCUGCCUCGUACGCCAUGGGCUUUGCUGCACGAUUUCUCAGAGCCGGUGUGCCGAGGUUGUGUCAACUAUGAAGGGGCGGAUAGGAUUGAAAUGGUCAUCGAAUCGGCUAGGCAGAUGAAACGCGUACAUGGAUUCCAAGAAAACAAGCCGUUUCAGGUGCAGAAACCGGGCCAAAUGCCGCCCCAGUCAGCCAGCGUUCCACCCCGACCCAGCGGGCUGUUGGAAACGGCUCAUGUGGAGCCUUCACCCAGAACCUUACCGGCGUCUCUAUCCAGCCACGCAGAGCGUUUCCUGGGUCACGAACACAGCCGACCAAGGAGCAUCCACGAUUUUUCCACCGUACAGAGACUCGGUAACGGCCCUGGUGGACCGUACCUUAUUCCGGAUGAGUCCGGAGAGAACAAAUCAGGGAGACUGUUGCAUCACAGUGCCAUCAGUCACCAAACCCCAAGCCUGCUUCACCAUCUGAAUACACCAACUUCCAGCAUGUCGGCGUUACCCCGGCACAGCGUCGCACCGACCGGUCCAACGCCCUCCACCGUUUCCUCAACCGCCUCCCUGAGAGCCAAACGAAGCUCCAGCGAUCGAGACCGGGAGGAGAAAGAGGUAGGCUCCUCGGCAUUUCCGAUCGAGGGUGCAGAGCGCCGAAUCACACCAACUUCCGAAGACCCGUAUGGACAGCGACCGGGAAUUGUACGUCAGACUUUGGCAACUCUUUCGAAUUGUACCCCCUUUGAGGUAAGAUUCAAGAAAGAACACACUCGGAAGGGCCGUGUGUUUUCCUUUGAUGCCACCUACAAACCGGGCAUGGAUUACGAACUAAAACUUUUCAUCGAAUAUCCGAGUGGAUCGAACAAGGUUUACCACAGUGCCUCGGGGGUGGCCAAGCAGAUGUACUCGGAUUGUCUAAAAGACUUGGGCAAGGGACUUUCCUCUGGAUUCAAAUAUCUGGAAUACGAAAAGAAACACGGUUCUAACGAUUGGCGGGCAUUGGGCGAUCUACUGCCUGAACCUGUCAGAUUUUUCAAAGAAAAUGUCAAUGUGGAUAUGUUGCCUCAGCCGUACAUUGACGCUAGUUGCCCUGUGCUGCCAACCACCACAAGCCAUAUGUUGGCAUCACUGCCCCAAAAAACGAAGAAGCGCAAAUCGUCCCCUGAGCCCGACCCCGAAAAUGCUUCUGGGAAGUUGACUGAUGAACAGGUGCAGCAGCAGAGACAGCAAUGGAUGCAGAACCAGACAGAGGCGUUGAAGCACACCAUGGCCUCGACGGGGUUCAGUGCGGGAGGCUCCAGGCCACCCAGCUCCGGUGGGUCUCCUUUGAGUAAUCCCACAUCCAGCACGCCGCCGGAGACAGGAAGUUCGACCCAAGGAGGUCCGUCACCCAUGGCCGCACUUAUGUCUGUCACCGACAAUCUAGGCACCCUCAGGUCCUCCUCGCCAAGGAAGGGUGACGAUGCGACGCCGAAUCUGGUGAAUAACACCACCAAUGGAGCCUCUUCGGACGGCAAGACGCAGCGGAGCCCCCACUCCCCGACCACUGCCCAUCGGCGCGCACUAUACCGUAGCCGAGAGCUCGCCCAGGCCCAGGGGCAUCCCAUGGAGACCAGCAUCAGCUCCAACACGAGUCACCUCCCGGACUCCUCCAUUCCAAACCUCGUCAACAACAUUCUCAAGUGCACCAUCUGUCAUGAGCGCUUGGAAGACACGCACUUCGUUCAGUGUCCCUCGGUCGGGAACCAUAAGUUCUGCUUUCCGUGUUCCAGAGACAGUAUCAAGAAGCAGGGGGCUGGCGCUGAGGUGUACUGUCCAAGCGGCCAGAAAUGCCCGCUGGUGGGAACCAACACUCCUUGGGCCUUCAUGCAAGGAGAGAUCGCUACCAUACUAGGAGAUGAGGUUAAGGUGAAGAAAGAACGAGACACAUAAAUGUCACUGCUAAAGUCAUCACCUGACGACAAAUUAUUUACGCCACCUGUAUUUUAUCUGUAAAAUAAAAAGAAGAAAGUGUAUUCUAUGAAGAGAUGAGAGUUGAAAUACUGUGGGUUAUUCGGCAAAACUAGCAGCAGGACUAAAAUAUAGCCACGGUUGCCAGACAAAUAACAUUCAGCUGGGUGAUAUAUUUUGGUUAUGUAAAAAAAAAUGUGGUUUAUCAAUGUAUAGUCAACGCUGACAAGUGAAACGAGCUGUUUUAUGUUCAGUUAAGAUGUAUUUUUGUAAAGUAGUUGUUGCGUUACGUUACUACUCGUAGCAUCAAUAAUGAACAUCGUCGAAUGAUCCCUAAAUACCAUUCAAACCCCUGUUCACCAAUGGUUUCCGUCACUACUUUUAGGGGUGCAUGUACAAUGAAAGUGAAACACAAGUUUUCCUUAUUUUAUGGAGUUACUUGCGUCAUUAUUCCGUGUUUUAUACAUGUUCAUUAUCAAGUGCUGAUAGAGUAGACUCGAGAUUUAAAACCAGCAACCUUUUGCCCCACGUAAUUUGAUUUCAUUUCAUAUUCAAGUAGAAUAACAUUCAUGGAUAAUGGAAGUGAGUUGUUAAAAAAAACUAACUGUUUACCUGAAUUGUAAUUGUAAAGUGUGUCAUUGCUGUACUUAAUUGAUUAUCAACAUGGAUGAGUGACACUAGUUAUAGUUCACGUGAAUUCGCAUAGUGGUACCAUCAACAUGCAUAAUCAGUCCGAAUUGACAUGGGGUUAUCAAUACAUCAAUGAUCCGCAAGUUAUUACAGAUGCGAGUCCGCAUAAUCGAUUGUGAGAGAGCCACCGAAUCCUUUAAUUGGCAUCGUUUAUCCUGAUAGUUUCUGUAAACAUGUUGCAUUUGUAAUAUUACACCUGUCAAGACUUUUCAUGACAAAUCAAAAUAUUGUUUGAUAGUUACAGUAAGCUGUAUAUCUUGUACUGAAGCUGUGUUAUGAAGAAAUUCUGCCGCGUUUUUCGAACAUAAAGGUUACAGCAGACCAGUUAAUUGCAUAUUUGAACUGUGAGUAUAUCUCAGAAUACCAAACCAAAGUCAGAACAAAUGCUUUCACUUUGCUUUCAAAUUCCAGUUAUAGCAAAAUAUAUAGCCAUCAAAAGUAUAACAUUUAAAUUCAUGGAAUUAAUAUUCAAUAAUCCGCUAAGCACAUAUUUGACUCCUCUGCGGUUGAAAUUACAAUGUAUGUUGCUUUGUGUAUUACGCCCUGGUCAAAAUGUGUUAUGCAUUUUCAUUUGAAGUACAAAUGUAUAUAUAGCAUAAAUAUAGUCAAUCAGGAAUUGGUGUGUUCUGUGAGAAAAACCGUCUCGUUAUUUCCGCUUUUUUAGUGUUCGCGUAGGUGUCUUGAUGCAUAAUAAAUUGACCGUGAGUGAAGGCGUA